CAUGGUUGGGGAGCAAACAACGUUCCACGUUUAGUAAAUGCGAACGGAACGAACCUCGAGAGAAAAAAAACAAAUAGUUACAUACUUGUCACGAUGGUUGAUGCGUCGACGAAAAAAACAUUAAGCAGUAUUCCAUUGUGUCAAACAAAGGCUGGACCGAGAGAUAAAGAAUUAUGGGUCCAACGACUCAAGGAAGAAUAUAUGAGUCUAAUUAAGUAUGUACAAAAUAACAAAGAAUCUGACAAUGAUUGGUUUCGAUUGGAAUCGAACAAGGAGGGAACUAAAUGGUUCGGAAAAUGUUGGUACAUUCACAAUCUAUUGAAGUACGAGUUUGAUGUUGAAUUUGAUAUUCCUGUUACAUACCCGGUAACUGCACCAGAAUUGGCAUUGCCAGAACUCGACGGUAAGACAGCUAAAAUGUACAGGGGUGGAAAAAUAUGCCUGACAGAUCACUUUAAACCCUUGUGGGCGAGGAAUGUUCCAAAAUUUGGAAUUUCACAUGCAAUGGCAUUAGGGCUCGGCCCGUGGCUUGCCGUAGAAAUUCCUGAUCUUAUAGAACGAGGCAUUUUGGUACAUAAAGAAAAAUCUGAUGAACAAAAAUAAAAAUUCAAUUAAUACAAAUUUUAUUGGAACAGAAUAUGCAAUAAUCCUGAAAAAACAAACCACAACACAUCAACAAUGAAUUUAAUUUUUCUGAAAUAAGGAAGAAGACUAUUAUUUGAUGAAUAAAUUUAUAUAAAACUUAA